CGGCGCAGGGCUCUGCUUCACACUCGCUGCUCAGAAACACCAUUUCACAAUAUUUGUUAGAAGAAAAUAAAUUAGAAAUUUUAAGGUGUUUGAAUAUUACGGAAUACGUGGGCAGAGAAAAAAAGUUAAAUAACCAUUCAAUUACCAACAAUAUUGUACCCAGCUUUUUGGAAGCAAAAAAGUUCAAAAUUAAAAAUGGCAUACAGAUUGCUAAAUUCAGCAAGGUCAAUGGAAAGAUGCUUGAGGCGUAGCUAUAUGUCUCAGAAUGCGUUGGGAAUAAAGGUGCAACGUGGUGCAAGUGUCUUUGAACAAGUUCCUUUAGUACGUUAUUUGUUGGAGCAAAUUAGUUAUUUCUGUAAAAAACCUCCAAAAGGCUUUGAAAAGUAUUUUGAACAGGGUAAAAGUGGAGCUAAACCGACUGCCUCAAGAGCUGGAGAAUCAUCCGCAGCUGAUAAACAAAGCAGUGGUGAAACUCCAGCUACAAAAUCAACAGCCCCACCUCCCCAACAGGCAGCAAAAAAUGAUUGGAAUUUUGGAAUGUUUGCAAACACUAACAAACAGCAAGGUGGAGGUGGCAGAGGAGGACAAGGGCGUCCCUUAGGUGAGGGUGGUGAGGGAAACCGUGAGAAAUGGCUAGUAUUUGGUGCAGUAGGUGCAGUUGCGUUAUUGGGAAGCUUUGCAUUCUUUGAAAUGGGUUAUAAAGAAAUUUCCUGGAAGGAAUUUGUAACCAAUUAUUUAAACAAAGGCUUAGUCGAAAAACUAGAAGUAGUAAACAAGAAAUGGGUGCGAGUUCGACUUAUGCCGGGAAAUUCACAGGACGCCGGUGGUGUCUUAUGGUUCAACAUUGGCAGUGUAGACUCGUUUGAAAGAAAUUUGGAAAAUGCUCAAUCAGAGCAGGGUGUUGAGCCCUUAAAUUACGUUCCGGUUAUUUAUCGCACUGAAGUAGAACCUUCAAGUUUAACCGGUCUUUUGCCCACACUAUUAAUAAUUGGUUUCCUAGUUUAUAUGAUGCGACGAUCGGCAGAUAUGAUGGGAGGUGGCAGAGGGCGCAAAGGCGGUGGUCUUUUCGGCGGCGUGAUGCAAUCAACUGCAAAAUUGAUAAAUUCUAAUGAAAUUGGUGUUAGAUUCAAAGAUGUUGCAGGUUGUGAAGAAGCCAAAAUUGAAAUUAUGGAAUUUGUUAAUUUUCUAAAAAAUCCUCAACAAUACAUAGAUUUAGGCGCAAAAAUACCCAAAGGUGCUAUGUUAACUGGGCCUCCUGGUACUGGUAAAACAUUAUUAGCUAAAGCGACAGCAGGUGAAGCUAAUGUGCCUUUUAUUACUGUCUCCGGAUCCGAAUUCCUGGAAAUGUUUGUGGGUGUUGGUCCCUCUAGAGUGCGUGAUAUGUUUGCCAUGGCACGUAAAAAUGCUCCAUGUAUAUUGUUCAUUGAUGAAAUCGAUGCUGUUGGUCGAAAACGUGGCGGAAAGUCAUUUGGAGGUCAUUCAGAACAGGAGAAUACUCUUAACCAGUUGCUAGUCGAGAUGGAUGGAUUUAAUACGACAACCAAUGUAGUAGUCUUGGCAGCUACAAAUCGUGUUGAUAUAUUGGAUAAAGCUCUUCUUCGGCCUGGACGUUUUGACAGACAAAUAUUUGUGCCAGCUCCAGACAUUAAAGGUAGAGCUAGUAUUUUCAAAGUACAUUUAGGUCCCCUUAAAACACAACUAGACAAACAGGAACUUGCUCGUAAGAUGGCCGCAUUAACUCCAGGAUUCACUGGAGCCGAUAUAGCAAAUGUGUGUAAUGAAGCCGCUUUGAUAGCUGCGAGGGAUUCCAAUGAAUAUAUUGUGCAAAAGCAUUUUGAACAAGCAAUUGAACGAGUUAUUGCUGGUAUGGAAAAGAAAACUAAUGUCCUGGCGCCGGAGGAAAAGAAAACUGUGGCUCAUCAUGAGGCAGGACAUGCUGUUGCUGGCUGGUUCUUAGAGCAUGCUGAUCCCUUACUUAAAGUAUCCAUAAUACCUAGAGGAAAAGGUUUAGGCUAUGCACAAUACUUACCCAAAGAUCAAUAUUUACUAUCUAAAGAACAAUUAUUCGACCGCAUGUGUAUGACUUUGGGAGGUCGGGUAGCUGAAGAGCUUUUUUUCCAACGUAUUACUACAGGAGCCCAAGAUGAUUUAAAGAAAAUAACUGACAGUGCUUAUGCUCAAAUAGUACGUUUUGGCAUGAACGAAAAAGUGGGUCAAGUUAGUUUUGAUGCUGGCCAAUCGGGCGAUCCUGUCUUCGCAAAACCCUAUUCCGAACAAACAGCACAAAUGAUUGAUGAGGAAGUGCGUAGCUUAAUAAAGGAAGCUCACAAAGUCACAACUAAUUUGUUAAUGAAACACAAAGAAGAUGUAAAGAAAGUGGCUGAACGUUUGCUGAAAAAUGAAGUUUUGAGUCGUGAUGACAUGAUUGAGCUAUUAGGACCACGGCCAUUUAAAGAGAAGUCAACAUACGAGGAAUUUGUAGAGGGUACUGGUUCCUUUGAAGAAGACACCUCAUUGCCCAAAGGAUUGCAAGAUUGGAAUAAAGAGAAAAAUCCUGAAUCGUCAACUCCUCCACCAACAAAACCUGCCGCUACAGCUUCAUAGAUAGUAUAUUAAUAACAUAUAUAUACAUAUUGUAUAUAUAUAUUGAAAUUAAAAUGUCUAUUUUACUGCAACAACA